AUGCUGUCCACCCAGAGGCACAGUACCAGCAUUCUGACCAGAAAGGAAAUCCUGGAAAAUGGGUUCUUGGCCAGCUCCUCCAGCCAUAGCUAUUCUUCUCCUGUUGUGAGCUAUUACAGGGACUCUGGCAGUGCUUCCAAACAUGACACCUGGGAGCUCAGACAAGACACCUGGGAGCUUCCUGUGGACUUGGACAACGCAGCAAGUGGCAGUUCUCUGUGUGUUGUCAAGCAGGUGGAGUCUCUGAGCAGCUGUGUGAAGACUGAGCUGCACAGCCUGACCCAGAGCAUCUCUGACCUCAGUCUUGUCUGCUUCUGCAAGGCCCACCGUGGCCAGACCACAUUUGAGCUCUCUGGUUUGCCCUGUGAGCACCCCAGCAGAGAUGGCUGCCUGAUGAAUGUGGCAUCACAGAACACCUCGACACCUUGCAAGAAAGACAAGAACUCCAAACCACUGGAGUGCCUGCUCUUCAAGAGCUCUGAGCUGCCUGGAGAUGUCUCAGCACUUGGGAAAGUGCCAGCACCCAGGUGGGACAUCUCAGCAAUAAAAUCCUUUAUGGAUACCAGCAUGUCCCUCGAUGUCAGCACUGAGGAGUUAUGCCUACUGGGAUGCUCCAAACCAGACACAUCACCCCUGGAGACCCCUGUGGUGAUUCCUCUGGCUUGGCCUGGUGCCUUCAAGAAGCACUCCACGCUGAUCCGCAGGUCUGCCACCCCGGAGAGCCAGCCGAGUGACCCUGACGCUGUCCCUGUGUUUCUGCACGAUGCUCUGUGA